GGCUGCUCAGCCGCGGUAAAAUUCAGACAAUUUCUACUAUGAAUUCUAUAAAAAAUUUUAUUUUCGUCUUGACAUUGAUAUUUUCGGUGCUAAACAUCAAAUGUGAAGAAAAUGAGGAUCUUUUUGUGAUAUUCACCCAAGAAAUAACUGCGAAAGAAUGUUACCAAAAAUCCCAUCUAAAGACCGUAAUUUGCGAUGAACAGCAGAACCCGUGGGGUAUUUCUGAAUUUUUGCAUCAGUUACCUAACGAUCCGUCAUUAAAGUGCUUAAACUCUAUCAAAGGAUUCAACCCGGUAACCGUACCAAUAUCGAUUCAAUAUGAGUUGAAAAAAAAUUGGAAGUCUGUUGAUGAUUACACAUAUCCUGCACUUUCAACGGAACUAAUAUGGGGACGUUUUGGAGGCUGCACUUCGGAAAUAAAUGAAAUUAGUAAUGCAACUAAAUAUUAUGAUAAAUCAUCUGAGUUGUAUAAAAAAUAUAAUUUGAGUAACAUUCUGAGUGAAGCAAAUAUUACUCCUGGCAAAAAUUACACAGCUCAACAAAUAUCAGAUGCUGUGUCUUCGGCUAUUGGGGGCAAAAAAGUUUUACUCCGAUGCGCACCGAUUUCCGGAACUGACGAUAUUGAGUUUGAGGCGAUAACAAUCUACUUAGAUAAAUCCUUCAAGCCAAUUGAUGCCGUCAAAAAUAACGGCUUACAUACAAAUCCAUACGUAUGCCCGCGUGAUAAACUGAUCCGGUAUGAUUUUCGCGGUGAGCAUCUUAAUAUUAUAUUUACUCACGAAAGAAAGGUUUAUGAAGAUCCUACUAUUAAAUAUCCAACACUCUCGAAAGACGAUAAUGGCUAUUAUAUAUUGGAGCAGGCGUUGGAUAAUUUUGACUGUUAUGAAGUUGAUGUUAGUAAAUGUGCUUUACCGAAAUACCCAUGGUAUAUAUUUUCAUUCACAUAUAAAUUCAAUGAUGAUAUUAAAUUUGAUUGUGAAGGGAAAAGGGAUAAUUUUGAUCCGAAAAAUAUAUCUUCGAUCCAGAAUGAACUCCUCGAAAAAUGGAAUCAUAAAAUUGAUGACUUCGCGGAGGAUUUCGGAUUCCAGUGGUCAAUUGGAGCCCGAUGUUCCGCUUACUUUAAGGGCCUUGAUAGCCCAUUUAAAUAUUAUAAAAAGUCUAUUGAGUUAUUUGAUAAAUAUAAUAUGAAUGUUAUUUUACGUGAGUCAAAUAUUAUUCCCGGAAAUAAUUAUACUCGUCAAGCAAUAGCUGAUGCUGUUUCCAAGAGUUUAAAGGGCACGACAGCUAAGAUAAUAUGUUCAGCAGGAGCAUUUGGAGCAUACAACUUGCAAAGUAUCCAAAUUUACUUUGAUCAGUCUUUUAAUCUAAUUAACAAUCCUAGAGAGAGUUAUCUAUGGGAUCACGAAUGCCAAGUUGAUAGAAUGAUUCGUUACAAAGAUUUCACACCCGAGAUUUGAGCAAAUCCAUAUCGUACAUUCGGUUAUGCGGCGCCCGCAAGAGUUUUGUGAAAAUGGAGGUCUUUAUUGUUUUUGAAUUUUUAUAAUAAAAAUCAACAUUUCUUUUGAUCCUUUUAAAAUUUAAGUUUGUAUUCGACUGGAUUUAUUUUAUAAAAUAUUUCGCAAAUAAAAGUUUGUACGU